GGACGUAAUAAAAAAAUAAUAAUUAACGCUGGUUCAUCGGCAUCGUCGUCGUGGUAGUGCUUAUUAGUGUGGUUCCAUAUGCAGAUGGGAGGUGCGAGUGCAAGUCUCCUCCAUCCAAUGGAUGAAGAUUCUGCAAUUCCUAGAGACAGAGACUUUGGGAGAUCUCAAUUCGGGUGCGAACACUACAAGAGAAGAUGCAAAAUAAGAGCUCCUUGCUGCAACCUCAUCUUCCCUUGCCGCCAUUGCCACAACGAUGCUGCGAAUGCUUUAUCUGAUCCUAAAGAUCGACAUGAUUUGGUUCGACAAAACGUGAAACAGGUUAUCUGUUCAGUAUGUGAAACAGAGCAAGAGGUUGCUCAACUCUGCUCGAAUUGCGGUGUCUGUAUGGGGGAAUACUUUUGCAACAUCUGCAAUUUCUUUGACGACGAGACCUCAAAACAACAAUUUCAUUGUCACGACUGUGGGAUCUGUAGAGUUGGUGGGCGUGACAAUUUCUUUCAUUGCCAAAGCUGUGGAGCUUGUUAUUCGAUGGGCCUGCGCGAUAAUCACUCAUGCAUUGAGAACGCCACAAAGAACUCUUGUCCUGUCUGUUAUGAGUUUUUAUUUGAUUCGGUAAAAGCUGCUCAUGUCAUGAGAUGUGGCCAUACUAUGCAUAUGGGUUGCUUCGACCAAAUGAUCCAUGAACAACAGUACCGAUGCCCAAUUUGCUACAAGUCAAUGUUGGAUAUGUCUUCUUCGUGGCGAUUAUUAGAUGCCGAUAUAAGGGCAACAGAGAUGCCUAGUGAAUAUAACUAUGAGGUUGAAAUUCUUUGCAAUGACUGCAAUAAGAGCAGCAAAGCUAUGUUCCACAUUCUGGGACACAAGUGCGGCAAUUGUGGCUCUUACAACACUCGCAGGAUCUCAGCUCCACAAGAGUCCCGGGCGGCUACGUGAAACAGAGUGACAAGUUUCUGAACCUAUAGAGAAGAGAAAACUCUUUUCUUGAUUGGUUCAAAACUAUAAGAGAAAUACGGCUGUGUGUUACAUAAAGUGAUCCGGCAAACACCAUCGGGCAGGGGGUUUAGUUACCUGAAUGUUUGGGAAUUUGACCAUGCAUGGUCUCCGAUCAGUUGUUUUCACUAACUACUGUUUACUUAUAAAGUGUGAAACAUGAGUAACUGUUCAAAUGGAAAAAAAGUAAUUGGAACAUUGCAUUUUGCGCAAAAAAAAGUCAGAAGGGUUUUCUUCUUAUAAAAUCAUAAGAAGAUUGUAAAGUUCCAUGACA